CGACGCUUGACGACGUCUCUUUCUCGUCUUUGCCUCUUGCCUCCUCCCCCCCCCGGGCCGGUUCCCUCGUCAUCGGACCAAGACGUCUUUUCUUGUGUCCCGUCUUCGCUAGCUUCGAAUCAUUCGGUUCAUCCAACGGGAUUCCUGCUCCGCCUCGCCACACAUCACCAUCGGGACUGGUUCUCGACAUAUCUUCCCGGUAGAAGACGCAUCUGCAAGAUCUGGUGGACGACGUGGGGAUUUUCAGCACUAAGAAUAGCCAGCUCAACCGCGGAACACCCUCCGGACGGCUACCCCGGCCGACUCUUGUUUUCCCACUACCAUUCGACAUCUUUGACUGGCCACAGUGCUCCUUUGCUAGCGCCCAUAAGCAGCCCCGUUGGACCCAGCGACGGACAGCCCGCAACUGCACGACACCUCACCUCGAGCCUCCCCCAAGAGCCAAUCACGUCUCUGAUUCCGCCUUUCAGACCAGCAGCAAUCGAGGCCUCUCCACGCCGGGCCACUGUCUUCUUGACUCUUUCUAGCCUAGGUAGCUUCGCAUUUGAGUUACUCGGGCUCUCGAUCUCUUCUUUGCUUCUCUGCGGCAUUCUGUCUCUGUUGACUCUUCUACCGUCCACCGCCUGA